AUGGUCGAAAAUACAUACGAACGGACGACAGAGGAAGAUUUGCAAAAAUACCUGUUUUCGAAGUAUGCAGGUCAUGCACUUAGUCGUGACUCAACGACGGCGCCGAAGAACGACGGCGCACCACCAGGAGAUUGGCUACCCAAAUACCUAGACGAGAAAGCUGAAAAAGAAUGGGCUAUAACAAGUGCGUCUGACGAAAGUGUUACGUCCUCUCAAAGAGAGCUUGACGAGGAAUACCGACGUGCAUGUGAGGAAUGGGAAGAAGGCGUCCGGCAGCUGCAAGUGGCGUUCCAGGUGGUACUGAUACCACUCAUCGGCAAGUGGGUUGGCCGGCGAUGGAGCUAUUGGCUUUUUGCCCGGUGGUUUUAUCGUGCCGACAAGUAA